UUGGUCUGACAAAGUAGCUGUCAAAAUAAAAAUGAUCAGCUGUGUAAAAAGGCACACAAGAUAAUUAUGUGACAAUAUCUAAAUUAACGCGCAAUAAAUUUCAACCAAGUUAAUAAAUAUUUUAAUCCAAAAAAUGGAUAGUGCAUCUUCACUUCUAGAACAAAAUUCAUGCUGUGAAAGUGAUGAAGAGGUGAUUCCCUUUUCACCAUGUUUGAAAGAAGAAAAUUGUGAUGUUCACCAAAAUGAUACCCAAUUUACUACACCUACAGUGUAUAGCACAACACAAUCUUUAUCUUCAUUAUCAGAAGAAAGAAUGCGGCGUAAACUUCAAUUUUUUUUCAUGAAUCCGAUUGAAAAGUGGUAUGCCAAAAGAAGAUUUCCUUAUAAAUUUGUAGUGCAAGUCAUUAAAAUUAUACUAGUCACUAUGCAGUUGUGUUUAUUUGCUCAUUCGCGAUAUAAUCACGUUAAUUACACAUAUGACAAUCGAGUCACAUUCUCACACUUGUUUCUACGAGGUUGGGAGACUUCAAUGGAAGUAACAGCUUAUCCUCCUGGUGAAGGUCCCCUCGCAGUAUAUGAAAUAGAUGAUUUUUAUGAAACUUUGGAUUUUGCUAUUAAAGGAUAUUCCAAUUUAUCAAAUGCUAUUGGUUCAUAUUCAUAUCCAACAGAAGACAAUAGUGCAACAGCAACAAAAUUGUGUUUGCAUCGAUACAGGGAGGGAACUAUUUUUGGAUUCAAUGAAAGUUAUGUAUUUAAUUCCGAAAUAGAUGUGACUUGCAUAAAUAUUCAUGACGAUGAUCUGGCUGCAAGUGAAGGAUCAUCAACCAGGAAUUACUUGAUGUCUCAGGAUAUAGAUAUAAAUUUUUCUGCACUGGUAAGAGCGACUUUAAGCUUUUCUGUAAAAACAGUAAAUUUUAAAGCAGCAGGUCCUAUUACUGCUCCAGAUUGUUAUCAGUUUGAUAUUAACAUAAUUUUUGAUAACCAUGAUCAUGAUGGGCAAAUUUUGCUAUCAUUAGAUGCAGAGCCUAUACGUUUGACCUGUAAAGGUGAUGUUGAGUAUGUAAUACAUAAUCAGAUAGACUCAAUUUUACGGAGUAUUCUGAAUAUUUUUGUUAUUAUGAUUUGCUCAAUAUCAUUUAUUCUUUGCAGCAGAGCAAUAUUCAGGGCACAGCAAUUAAAAUUUAAAACCAUGGAUUUUUUUAAAAACUUUUAUAAUAGAGAGCUGAGCAUUGAAGGUCGCUUAGAAUUUCUAAAUAUGUGGUAUUUAAUGAUAAUUGUUAAUGAUAUUCUAAUAAUAGCUGGAUCAGCUAUCAAAGAACAAAUUGAGCGAAAACAAACUGUUGGGGAUCAGUGGAACAUAUGCAGCGUGUUGUUGGGAACAGGAAACUUGCUAGUUUGGUUUGGUGUGCUAAGAUAUCUUGGAUUUUUCAAAACGUACAAUGUUGUUAUUUUAACUCUAAAAAAAGCAGCACCUAAAAUCUUUAGAUUCCUUUUAUGUGCACUCUUAAUAUACGCCGGAUUUACAUUUGCAGGCUGGCUUAUAUUAGGACCUUACCAUAUAAAAUUCAGGUCAUUAGCUACAACUUCUGAAUGCUUAUUUUCUUUGGUGAACGGAGAUGAUAUGUUUGCUACAUUUUCUACAAUGUCUAGUAAAUCAAAAUUGUUAUGGUGGUACAGUCGUAUAUAUCUAUAUGCAUUUAUAAGUCUUUACAUUUAUGUAAUACUCAGUUUAUUCAUAUCAGUAAUCAUGGAUGCAUAUGACACCAUCAAAAAAUAUUACAAAGACGGUUUUCCUAAAAAUGAUUUACAAACAUUUAUUGGUGUUGCUUCUGUUGAUGAUUUAACUUCUGGGAUAUAUAGAUCAGAUAGUUCAGGGUCUUUAGGAGAACUCAUGGAAAAAGUUUGUUGUUGUAAUAUGAGGUUUAAAAGACCAUAUAAUAUACUUGAUAGGCCCAAAACGUCAACACCAGCUCUAGGUGGAAUUUGUGUAUAAAUAGUUAAAUUAAAAAAGAAUCUGUUUAAGAUUUAUCUUUAUUACUAUUGUAUAUAAGAUUCUUUCUGAAGGUCAUAAAUAACAAAGAUUUAUUAUAGAUCGUUGUUAAAUAAUAAUUGUUUUAUAAGGUUUAUGACAACUUGCCAAAUGCAAUUAUUUAU